CUUAGCCAGCCCUUCAAUCCCUGGCCUCCCUUGUCUUUCUGGCUUCAUCAUCUAAUAUUCUUCUCCCUUCCUCUCCUCCUGAUGCCUUCCCAUGACAUCAUUGUUCUGCUGACACUCAACUUCCAGUUGCCGGAACAUGCCUGAUGCUUUCAUGUCUGCAGCCCCCAGCAGAAUCUGCCAGCCAGGGGGGCUCAACCUUCCUCGAGCACCUCCCAAUUCUGGUGCCCCCAGCUCUUCUUCCAGCUGGGCGUUCCCUAAGGCUUGUAGCACCCAAAGGGCUCUGCCCUCCAUCACCUAUGUCUCUCUAUUGUGGUCAUUUAUGUAACUGGCCAGGGCGUGUGUCUAAACUAGAAGUACCUUGAGGGUCCAACCCAGGUCUGUCACAUCGACAUCCCGAAGGGACAGCUUGAUUUACCCUGCCACCGUGGGCGACAACCUGGUCCCAGCAAGGUUAAUCAGUCUGCACAAGGUCGGGUGUGCUGACCCCACUAAGCAGCUUGAGCCUCCUAAUCCAGGGCCAGCAGGAACCUCAGGACAGACGGCAGUGGCUCGCGGAAGGUGACAGGGCCAUCUUGGCCUUCUUCUGCGGACCCUGUCGGGGAGGGGAUGGGGCAGCUGAGUCAUGUGCACCACUCUUUUCGUGCUCAGCACCUUGGCCAUGCUCUGGCGCCGCCGGUUCGCCAACCGGGUCCAACCAGAGCCCAGCGGAGCAGACGGGUCAGUAAUGGGCAGCAGAUCGGAAACAGACCUCCAGUCCUCAGGCAGGGAGAAAGAGUCUCUGAAGUAAGUUCUCACGUCUUCAGGAGGAGCUUGGCCCCAGGGACUGACAUCAGCCGGCAGAGACAGUUCAAGUCCCGGCUUGCCCCCCACCUACAAAGGAUGCUGUGGUGGAAGGAGCGGCAGCACGCUGGAGAAUGGGAAAAAGCAGCCAUCGAGAAGGGACUGUUGUCAUCCUCAUUUACCCAAUAAGGAAAGUGAAGUUCGUGGAGCUUGCUCAAGGUCACGGACAGCGACUAGUGAAGCCAGGAAGUGCGUCCUGAGCAAUGUGAUGCCAAGGCCUGGGGAGGUGUUGGAGCACCGAGGACUCGAGUCUCGAGCUGGGGCUUGAGGACAUUCUGGGUAUGACCUGCCCACCAGGGCUCCGAGAAUGAGAGCUGUGGAGCCCGCCCCGUGACAUUCCCACGCUCCCUCUGUAGGAAUGCAUCAUUCGAGGCUGGAUUUGACUCUGGGCCCUGAAAGGGUGGUCCUGGGUUGCCGACUGAGGGGAGUGAGGAGAGCCGCCUUUCUGGGAUCUGUCACGCCCCUCAGGGAGGAAGCAGUGGCCCCUAUCUGCGAUGACAAGGUCAUGGAACUUGUCACUCAUUGUCACUGGUGUUCUGCUAGCAGCCUCCUUCAAUCAGGGGCAGAGCCCUGGGGGUAGGAGGGCAGCCAGCAGCCCAGCAGGAGAGCGGGGAGAUUGAGGAGGAAGGCUUUGUUGUUUGUUUUUACAGGGGGAGGGUGCAGGGUGUGAAGGAGAUGGCUUCAAGAGGGACCCGGUGACUUCAGCGGGAAACCAAUCCUUGUACCUAAGGACAUCGGACCCUCUCUGUGGGCUACACAUGCCCCCUAGUGGGGAUUAAGAUGAGAGGGUGGCUGAGAAAAUUAAAACCAAAAAAAAAAAAA